AUUCAACGAUUUGUACCUGAAAAUAAUCAAUCAAUAGAAACUGUUGCUAAAUUAGGUCUGUAUUUACCACAAAGUAUAUGGGUUGAUAGUAAUACAGGUAAUAUGUAUAUUAUCGAUAUAACUAUUUUUAAUGUUAAUCACCAACUACAUUACAAACAUUAUCGAGUACAAUAUUGGCAAAAGAAUGCUGCAAUUGGAAAAAUAAUAAUCAAUGGAACAGAUGUAGUCCUUGUUAAUAAAGUUUUGCGAAUUGAGUUAGAUGCAGACUUAAAUAUUUACAUAUCUUAUAAUCUCUUUGUUCGAAAAUGGUUUGCACCGGAUUACACCUAUCGCAUCGUUGUAACUGGUCAAUGGAAGAAUUCUGUUGAUAAUUCGAUUGGACCCAUUGGUAUGUACAUCGAUAAUAAAACGUUUGAUUUAUAUCUAUUUGUUAUUGCCUAUACGUACAAAGGUCGUAUUGAAAAAUGGACGUAUGGUUCUCAGAAUGGUACCGUCCUUCUCUCAAGUUUACCGGGUGCAAAGACAAUGACCGUCGAUUGUAAUAUAAAUAUAUACUUUGCUACUACAGAUCACCAGGGUCUAUAUCAAUUUAAUCCACUAACACAAAAAUUGAACUUUAUUACUGCUGCAAGAAAUGAUUUAGACAAUCCAUCUGCAAUUAAAUUCGAUAGAGAUGGAAAUCUCUAUGUACUUGAACGUAAACAAAAAAAUUAA